AUGCCUCCCCCUGCUUAAAUCUAAUCCUCUCCAUCUUUAUUUUGUUUUAAAAAGUUCUAAAUAAAAGUAAAGACUUUUUUAUGUAGAUUUGUGAAAGAUCCAAAUUCAAUCUCCAUGAAUUUGUACUUAAAUAUCUAUAUAUUUUAGAUUACUUAUUUUUGAACUAAAACAAACAAGUUUCCUCUCCUCAAAAACUAGAUGUUUACUUAAAUAAUUGCAUAUUAUUUAGAAAAAUGAUUGA